AAUAAUAAACGUCAGAUGUUGCGGAUGCGAAUCCCGGAAGAUGGACUAGAGGUUGGCCUAGCUGCAGGCGAAUUUCUUAAAAGACACGGAAAACAAGACCUCGAUAGAUCUGCAAGUCAUCAUUUGUUAUAGAGCUGGCCACACCUAAUGGACAUGACUGUAAAACAUACAUUCUUCAUCAGAGCCUUGAACUGCAAAUUUUACCUUUAGACUUAACAUACUGCCACCAUUGAGCUUUUCGAAUGCUUGACCCAUAAUUUGGGAGCUUGCCGUCCAAAUGAUAGCGAUUACAUGUCCAGCGACUGUGAAGAUGGUAAAGAAAGAGCGGUCGGAUUUUCCGGGCAGGCUGAGGAUGAGAAAACAUCUGUGAAAGUGGCCUCCUCUGACAGCAUAGAUUCCUGUACUAAAGAUUGCAGUAUAUAUGUAGGUGAAAAUCCAGACAUUUUAAAAACUAUGGCGGACCAGGAAGAUUCUGAUAGUGAUACGGUAGGUCCAGUACGCAGGAUUAACUCAUCCGCAGGUUUUAACACAGCGGAAAAUAAACAAGAAGGACAGCAAUCAUUUGAUCCGUACAGGAUGUUGGAACGCUCCCAGUCCGAGGCUGUCCUUAUCCACAACUUGGAGAAUCCUUCAGGAGAUGUCAUGAACCUGGAAUCUACCCAAUCGUCCGAGGAAGUUGGAUGUGAAGGAGCUAUGUCAAGUCAACACAAUAUUUCGGAAUGUACCAAGGUGUAUUUUGAUUUGUCCAAGGCGGAAGCAUAUGAAAAUCUGUGUGAUAGGACUCCGAAUCUGCUGACAAGGACAUCGUCAGGACGCCACCUCGAGACAAUCCCACAGGAAGAUGAAACUGACGAAUGUGGAAAGUUUAGUCUGAGUGAAAGGUCUAUCUCCAUGGAGAGCACGUCAAGUGAGGAUAGAAGUCCUCGUGGCUCCCACAUCAGUCUCAAGUCUAUCCGCGAGGACAAGGCGUUCAUUACGACAGGAAUGGCACGAAAGGUCAUGAAGGUCAACAAAUCUCAAGAACAUUUGAGUAAAAUUUCGAAAAGCAGCUGGAAAGCGAGCUUCCAGUCAUAUGCGCAGAAUUUACGACAGAAGACGAAACAAUUGCAGAUGGGAUCAGUCCAGGAACAGAUUCAUGCCCUCCGAGAGCUGUGUGUGAUGAUGGAACAGGUAUGGGCCAUUCCAACUUACGGCCGGGACUUAGCAUAUGGCUUGUGUGACAUCAUCAAGUCCGAGAAGCUACUAGACAUCAUCAUUAAGAACUGUCAAUCACAGUCCAGAGACCUACUGAGAUCGUCCGCUCGACUCCUGGAGAAGGUUCUAACCACUGGCAACCGACACAAGGUCGCUGAUAUCGGUCUGGACAUUGUCGUCAAGAUGACAAUUGACGUAAAGGGGGACACUGAAAUGGCACGCGUGACGACAGGAAUCCUUGAGAGUCUGUUUAAGACAUCUGAGGAUGCUAGUUCUCGGUUGAUUAAACUUGGAGGACUUGAUGUCGUGCUUUAUUGGUGUCGCUGCAAUGACCGACUCACCCUGAGACACUGCGCCAUUGCCCUAGCAAAUCUCGCUCUGUAUGGCGGCCCAGAGAACCAGGAAAUCAUGGCGAAGAAUAAAGUGCCUGAGUGGCUCUUCCCUCUAGCAUUCAAUGAUGAUGACAGUGUACGCUACUAUGCCUGCCUGGCCAUUUCUGUUUUGGUUGCUAAUAAGGAAAUUGAAGCUGAUGUGCUGAAUUCUGGCACGCUGGAACUUGUUCUGCCAUUCAUCAACAGUCACAAUCCCAGUGAAUUUGCACGUAUGGAUUUGUCGCAUCGUCAUGGCCGAUCCCGAGGAUGGCUGAAGAGGUUGGCAGGCCUCCUGUCCAGUAAGAGGGAGGAAGCGCAGGCUUUGGCAGCGUUUCAUUUUGCCAUGGAGGCUGGUAUCAAGAGUGACCAGGAUAAAAGAGAGAUUUUCUAUGAGAUAGAGGCCAUAGAACCACUUAGGAAGUUAGCUGGAAGUCCAAAUGCCACCGUUUCGAAACUUGCAGGUGAGGCUUUGAAGAUAAUAGGCGAGGAGCUGCCGCAUAAACUCACUCAACAGGUGCCACUGUGGACAGUGGCCGAUGUUUCUGCCUGGGUGGUUCAAGUUGGAUUCAAGAAUUUGACAGCCGACUUUGAGCGAUGUAAGGUAGAUGGCGAUCUACUCCUGACGAUGACGAAAGACGACCUUGCUGACAGCAUUGGGAUGACUUGUAAAAUAACACAGAAACGAUUCCUGCGUGAGUUGACACACUUAAAGAUGUCUGCUGACUACAAGUCAUGUGACCAGAGCGGGCUCGAUGAUUGGUUAUCGGAAAUGAACCAAGAAUAUCGCCAAUACAUGUACCAGAUGAUGAAAUCUGGGUUAGAUAAAAGAUAUCUAUCCCAUGUUUGUGAUGAUGAACUCAUGCAGGACUGCGGCAUCAACAAUGGAAUUCAUCGCAAACGCAUCAUGCAGAAAAUUGCAGCCAUGAAGGAACUGCAGAUAUACAGUGACCAGUGUAGUAUUGACUCGGCUGACGUCAGUCUCAUGUCCCGUUCCAUGGAUGUUUUCAUCAGUUAUCGGCGUGCCAACGGAUCUCAACUUGCCAGUCUGUUAAAGGUCCAUCUUCAGCUGCGAGGGUUUUCGGUUUUCCUUGACAUUGAAAAACUACGAGCUGGGAAGUUUGACGAAGGGCUUCUGAGUAGUGUUAAAAUGGCCAAACACUUCAUCAUUGUUCUGACUCCAAACUCCCUGGACAGAUGUAUCGGCGACAACAACCAGAAAGACUGGGUCCACAAAGAGAUAGUAGCAGCCAUUAACAGUGGAUGUAACAUAAUACCACUCAUGGACAACUUCACCUUCCCGCCGGCCGACAUGCUGCCUGAGGACAUGAGACAGAUUGUUUUCUUUAAUGGAAUAAGGUGGAUACACGACUACCAGGAUGCCUGCGUGGAGAAACUGGAGAAGUUCCUCCGCGGCGAAGUUAACACAUCGAGCAAAAGGGCUGCCUUAUUCCAGAUGGGGUCUUCGACGGAGGGUCCUGUGAAGGGGCCCUGUAAAUACAGCUCGAGUGAGAGCACAAGCCCUACUAGUCCUUUGUAAACAUAGCAACUACGUAAACAUUGCCCACCGACGACGACCUUCAACUCUAGAACUGUCUUAUAAUCUGAUCUCACUUGAUUGGCUAACGUUGUAUAUUUCACAUGUGUUUGACCCUUACCAAAUUGAUUCCUACUGAAUUGUGAUAGGUUGAUCAUAUGACCUUCACCUUUGCAUCAGUUAAACUAUAUGUUAAUCAUGCUCUUUUGUGAUUGGCUGAUUAUGUGAUCUGGGCUUUCAGAGCAGCUCAAGGUCAUGCUACAUGUAUAUUGUGAUUAGCUAAUAAGUGAUUGUGGCCUAUCAACAACUGGCUUGCCAAAAAAUCAUAUUUUGUGAUUGGCUUAUAAUACAGCCUUCAGCUUUUGUAGGCUUUUUUGUGAUUGGUUGAUAAACCAUUAUGUUUCGAAAUGAUUCGAUGAAAUCUAAAUCAUGCUACCAUGCUGUAUGUUGAUAAUGUAUAAUGUACAGUUUCCCUUUGAAACAGUUAGCUUUUAAGACACGACUGGCUAUGAUACGACUUUCACUUUUCAAAAUGCAGGACUUUGAACCUCUUGUUUAAAUAGUUGUACUAAUGUGCGGUAUACAUACCCAAACAUCAAACAAAACAAAAAACAAAAAGGUCAUGCGAUUGGUAUAUAUUAAAAAUCAAUUUUGCUUCAUACAAAAAAGGAAAUAUUUCUACUAAUGUGCGGUAUACAUACCCAAACAUCAAACAAAACAAAAAACAAAAAAGGUCAUGUGAUUGGUAUAUAUUAAAAAUCAUUUUUGCUUCAUACAAAAAAGUCCUACUUAACUUUUAGAUGAAACUGAACAAACAGGAACCAAAGAUUUAAUACAUUUUCAAAAACAAAUUACCAUUAUUUUGACAAUAACUUAUGGAGCUGGCUGCAUUUUCUGAUAUUGAUCAUGUAUGUGAUUUAAUAUAUUAAUACGAUUUGUUUAUUUAUAUUUAUGUCAGAUUUACAAUAUUGAGAUUUAUUUUCACCCAGUGAUAUUCAUUUUUGUUUGUUUCCUUUUUCAAGAUUUUUUUUGUCAUUUAUUUACAAAAACAAAAAAAUCUUUGAUUUGCAUAGAUGUCUUUUCACUUUUUGCAUGGAAAAUCUUCCAAUCAAUUGUAUACAAUAUGUAAGAUCUAUUAGGUGCCAUUGAGUACCACUUGUUUUUAGCUUGCUAGGUGUGAGGUAAUUUAUAGUAAUUUCGCCUUAAUUCCUAACUAACCAUGUGAGCAAUUCAGGCCCUCUAGGCCUCUUGUUUAUAUAUAAA